AUGACUGAAUGGCAAGAAUCAACUAUUGCAGACAGACGCAUUUGGUCAGAAAUAUGGAGGAACAGAAGGUUGAUGGCAUCACCUAAUGGGACACAUGAGGAAAAGAACUGUACAGAGCCAGCCAUUAAUGAGUUUCCUGAAGAUAUAUUUACAAAUAAAGAGAGGCAGCAAGGAGGAGUUCUGCUUCACAUCAUUGCUGCUCUUUAUAUGUUCUAUGCUUUGGCAAUAGUAUGUGAUGACUUCUUUGUUCCAUCCUUAGAGAAAAUUUGUGAGAAACUACAUUUGAGUGAAGAUGUUGCUGGAGCCACAUUCAUGGCAGCAGGGAGCUCCACUCCAGAACUGUUUGCAUCUGUUAUAGGUGUAUUUAUCACUCAUGGAGAUGUAGGAGUAGGAACUAUUGUUGGUUCAAAAACAGUUUUCAACAUCCUCUGCAUUGUUGGUGUCUGUGGAUUGUUUGCAGGACAGGUGGUUCGUCUCACCCAGUGGGCUGUGUUCCGAGACUCUGUGUACUACACAUUUUCUGUGGUUGUACUUAUUGUUUUCAUAUAUGAUGAGAAAAUAGAAUGGUGGGAAAGCCUUGUACUCAUCAUUAUGUAUUCAUUCUACAUACUUAUCAUGAAGUACAAUGUAAAGAUGCAAAAUUUCUUCAGCCUUAAAGUCAAGAAUGUUGGAAGUGAGGACACUGUCAACAAUGAGCUGGAAGAUGGUAAUAAGUAUUAUGCCUUUAGUUGUGAUGACCCAUCCAUUCCAUUAUUAUGGAAAGUGAAGGGGAUGCAGCAGUAUGGCAAAAACAGUGUUGUGAUGGUGGAUGAGAUCAUCUGCUCCAGUCCCCCCAAAUACCGGUUCCCUGAAGCUGGAUUAAGGAUUAUGAUUACAAAUAAAUUUGGACCGCGCACCAGAAUGCGGAUGGCAAGCCGAAUCAUCAUUAAUGAGCGUCAGCGGUUAAUCCAGUCUGCCAAUGGCUCAAGCAAAGCACUUCAGAAUGGGAGACAUGAAAACAUUGAAAAUGGGAACAUCCCUGUGGUGAAUCAAGAGGAAAAUGAAGAGGACAGUCUGUCUCCCUUUUCAGUGCCGGAUGGGAAAAUGAACAAAGUUAAAUGGAUUUUGACAUGGCCAUUGAUACUCGUGCUCUUUUGCACCAUUCCAAACUGCAGCAAACCACGCUGGGAGAGCUUUUUUAUGCUGACAUUUGUGUUAUCCACUCUCUGGAUUGCCUUGUUCUCCUACUUCAUGGUGUGGAUGGUGACUGUGAUUGGAUACACCCUUGGGAUUCCAGAUGUGAUCAUGGGCAUUACUUUUCUAGCUGCAGGAACAAGUGUCCCAGACUGCAUGGCCAGCUUAAUAGUAGCAAGACAAGGCCUUGGUGACAUGGCAGUGUCCAACACAAUAGGGAGCAAUGUCUUUGACAUUCUGGUGGGCCUUGGGGUUCCAUGGGGUUUGCAGACCAUGGCGAUUGAUUCUGGAUCAACUGUUAAGAUAAACAGCAAAGGACUGGUCUAUUCAGUUGCACUUUUGCUAGGAUCGGUGGCACUUACUGUGUUUGGAAUCCAUGUAAAUAAGUGGAAACUUGACAGGAAGUUAGGCAUCUACGUGUUGUUUCUUUAUGCUGUUUUCCUGUGUUUCUCUAUAUUGAUAGAGUUUAACGUCUUCACCUUUGUCAACUUCCCUAUGUGCCGAGAAGAACUUUAA